UGCACCAAUUUGUAAGUCGCUCUGGAUAAGAGCGUCUGCUAAAUGACGUAAAUGUAAAUGUAAAUGUAAAAUCAUAGCAUGUAAAAGAAGUCAUAACGUUUGUUGAUCGCUCUAACUACAGUAUAUAAGUCUAAUCUCACAAGACAAGUUUUUUUCCGACCACAAUGUUAGUCACAGGAACAGACUCACCAACAGCAGAUCUGAGAGAAGGCAGGCACUCAGGAAGCUCUGCAAAGUUGUUCUGAAAGAAAGAAGAAGAAACGCUUACUGAAUUGAAUGUUAUAUAAAAGGAGAAGGAAGCCCCUUGUGACAAGAGACACAUUCAAAACAAUAAACGUCCAGUCUGAGGAGUCAUUAUGAGCAAGUCUAAGGGCCCAGAGUACCCUUCCUUCUCUCUGGAGACGGAUGACAGGACGGAUGAUGAGAGGGCACAGAGCAGACAGGUGAAGAAGCCUGACCGGCUGGUGUCUGCUCUAGGCAUGGGCAGUUCGGGGGGGCCCAAAGCCCCCAUGGACUCAGACUACCAGGAGGAGCUGGAGGAGGCUGCUCCCAAGAUCAGAUUCAAUCUCAAUUUUGACAAGAAAGUACGAGGUUUGGAGGAGAACAAAGAGGAGAGGGACAGCAAGAGGUUUGACAUCAAGAGGCUGUUUGAGGCCGUGUCCACUGGUGAUGUCAUGAAGCUGGAGGGGCUGCAUCAGUACUUGCAUCAGUCCAAGAAGAAGCUCUCCAACACUGAGUAUCAAUCGUAUGGUAAAAAUGUCUUGCUGAAGGCUCUACUGAAUCUGAGAAACGGCAGAAAUAACACAAUUGAAUAUCUCCUUGACAUCUCAGAGAAGAUGGGGGACAUCAAGGAAUUUGUAAAUGCUGCAUACACAGACAGCUAUUACAAAGGCCAAACAGCCCUUCAUAUUGCCAUUGAGAGAAGGAGCACCUAUUUUGUUGAGCUAUUGAUCAAGAAAGGAGCAAACGUCCAUGCCAAAGCCUGUGGGAAAUUCUUCCAGCUCCAUGAUGGACCCAGCUUCUACUUUGGUGAGCUGCCUCUGUCCCUGGCUGCGUGCACCAACCAGCCUGAGGUGGUGGACUUCCUGCUGGAGAACGCCUACCAGCGUGUGGACGUGAGGGAGAAGGAUUCCCUGGGUAACAUGGUGCUGCAUGCCCUGGUGGUGGUGGCUGAUAACACACCAGAGAACACUGACUUCAUCACCUCUAUGUACGACUACAUACUCACCACGGCUGCCCGCCUGCACCCCAAAUGGAGGCUGGAGGACAUAGAGAACAACCAGGGCCUGACGACUAUAAAACUGGCUGCCAAGACUGGCAAAAUCGGGCUAUUUAAGCACAUGAUGCAUCGUGAAUUCCAGAAGAGGGAGACCAGACACCUGUCCCGUAAAUUCACUGAGUGGGUUUACGGACCCGUCCACUCCUCCCUGUAUGACCUGGCCUCACUGGACUCCUACGAGAAGAACUCUGUCCUGGAGAUCAUAGUCUACAGCAGUGACAUGCCUAAUCGCCAUGAGAUGCUGCAGAUUGAGCCUCUGAACAGGCUACUGGAGGAGAAGUGGGACAAGUUCGCAGCUCGGAUGUUUUUCUUCAACUUCCUGGUUUACCUGGUUUACCUCUCGGUCUUCACUGCUAUCGCCUACAACAGGAAGAAAGGAACGCCACCUUUUACUCUGGAGCAUACCAGACAGGAGUACCUGCGACUCGCCGGGCAGCUUUUUACAGCAGCGGGAGCCUUCUAUUUCUUCGUAGGAGGGAUAUUAGACUUGAAGAGAAAACGUCCAAGCCUGGACACUUUGCUGAUUGACGGAUACAGUGAAAUCCUUUUUUUUCUGCAGGCGAUCUUCUUCCUGGCCUCCUCAGUGCUGUACUGCUGUGGUAGGGAGGAGUACCUGGGUUUUUUUGUGCUGUGUCUGGCUCUCAGCUGGGUCAACCUGCUCUACUUCUCCAGGGGAUACAGACACAUGGGCAUCUACAGUGUCAUGAUACAGAAGAUGAUCCUAAGUGAUAUCUUGCGCUUUCUCUUUGUCUACGUUACCUUCCUCAUUGGGUUUUCAGCAGCGGUGGUCACUUUGCUAAUGGAACCUGAAUUGCCAGCCAAUAAUACAGCAAAGCCAAUAAACAGCACAGGUGAAAAAGGUCGUACCCUUUUCCCUCCCACUGGGGAGGAUUCGUGUACGAAACCCACCUUCAGGAACAUCUCUCACACCAUCAUGGAGCUGUUCAAGUUCACCAUUGGCAUGGGAGACCUGGAGUUCACAGAGGGAUACCAGUACAAGGAAGUGUUUUACAUGCUGCUAAUCUCCUACAUCGUGCUCACCUACAUCCUGCUGCUCAACAUGCUCAUCGCCCUCAUGAGCCGCACUGUGGAGAAGAUGUCCCUGGAGAGCACCAGCAUCUGGAAACUACAGCGGGCCAUCACCAUCCUGGACCUGGAGAGGAGCCUGCCCCGCUGCUUGAGAAGGAGGCUUCGUUCUGGGGUGGACAAGGACCUGGGGACCAGGGCUGGAGAGAAAGACCGCCGAUGGUGCUUCAGAGUGGAGGAAGUCAACUGGAAUAAAUGGAACACCAACCUGGGCAUAAUCAAUGAGGAUCCAGGGUGCGGAGAUACGGCCAGGCUGUCCCCUACACACAGUAGCCGAACGCUAGGCAGAGAGAGGAGCUGGCAGGGGUUCCUGGGAAAUGUCAGUCGAAGACAACGUACACAGCCUCGGCAACAAACACAAGUAGAGAGCACAGAGAUGUCCCCUCUCAGCCAUAUCUGAAGAUAGUCUGCUCUCUCAUCCUCCUGACCUAGAUGGUUCUGUCUUCCUUGCAAUGAUUGUGAUAUGUGGUUGUUUUGCCUAUGCACUGAUUGCAUCUGCUAAAUGACUAAAAUGUAACUGUAUAUGUACUCUGGUUUAGGCCUAUCGUGUGGUUUAUAGGCCCAAUAGGAGGGUAGUGGAAGGUUCCAGCCUCUAGAGGGCAGGAUUAAACAGCCAAAGAAACACAUUCACUCCACUGUUAUUGUGAUUUACAAUAUUGAUUUAUUUAUGUGCCCUAAAAUGACUGCAAAAUAUCCUUGCCAACUAUGCCUGUAUUAGAAUGGUAUAUUUGCUGCUGCAAUCUGUGUUGAGCAAAUAGCAGGCCUAUAUAACGAGAUCUUAAUAAAGGAAAUCAUUACAA